AAGUAUUUUGUGAUCAUGCUUGUUUCUCCACCGAGUACAAGUGAGGUGAUUGUGGUGGACCCUACACUAUUAAAUCUGUCGAACCCAACGGACGUUAAAGUGCAAAUUGUACCAUGCCAACCAAAGACCCUUACGCACCUUCCCCAAAGGCCGAAAGUGGAGCUGAGCUUCUCAGACUUGACCUACACGGUGGAGCAAAACAAGAGUUCAAAAGUGAUAUUAAAGUCAGUGAGCGGGCAUAUUCGAUCGGGGGAACUUACAGCUAUCAUGGGGCCGUCGGGAGCCGGAAAAUCUACACUUUUAAAUAUUUUAACAGGAUACAAAACAACGGGAUUACAAGGAAGCAUCAUGAUGAACGGCAACGAAAGGGUACUAAGUCAAUUCCGAAAGCUCUCCGCCUACAUCAUGCAAGAUAAUCAGCUUCACGCCAAUUUAACUGUCGACGAAGCUAUGUCAGUAGCUGCCAAAUUAAAAAUCGGUAGCAAAACUAGUAAAGAAAAGGAAGAAAUUAUAAACGAAAUUUUGGACACCCUCGGCCUGAUUGAUCAUCGAAAAACUAUGACGAGCAGGCUGUCCGGCGGCCAGAAGAAGCGCCUAUCAAUCGCCUUGGAGUUAGUUAGUAAUCCACCCGUAAUGUUCUUUGACGAACCGACCAGCGGCCUUGACAGUUCUUCGUGCUUUCAAUGCAUAUCACUACUGAAGACUCUGGCGCGCGGCGGACGUACUAUCAUUUGCACAAUUCAUCAGCCUUCCGCUCGUCUUUUUGAAAUGUUCGAUCAGCUGUACACAUUAGCCGAAGGUCAAUGCGUCUACCAAGGAUCGAUUAAGCAACUCGUUCCGUUCUUGGCCAACUUGAACCUACAAUGUCCCUCGUAUCACAACCCCGCGUCAUAUAUUAUUGAAGUAGCGUGCGGAGAGUACGGCGAUAACACCCAGAAGUUGGUUAACGCCAUUGACAACGGUAGGAACGACAUUCGCGACGGCAAACCAUUCCCGCAUAUGAAAGAUGAAAUUCUCAACAACACCCUUCAUAAACCGUCAGAUGAAGAUGCCACCAUGACCAGCAACAAUGUAUUCUCUGGCGUAGGAUUUGAUAAGUUUGUCAAAGAUUAUUCAAAGACGCACUUCAUAGAUUACGACGGCAGUCUUCAAAGUGUUGUAAAUAACAUCUCCAAGGGAACUUCUGAUGUGGUUACCGUGCCCGUCGACCAAGAAAAAUUACCAAACGUCGAUACGGCUCUUUUAGAACAAGAUCUGGCAGUUCCGCAACCCCGGUACGGAAACUCAGAGCUACGUCAAUUUUUCAUCAUUUUAAGUCGCGCUCUUUUGUUCAGUAGAAGAGAUUGGACCCUCAUGUAUCUGAGAUUAUUUGCACACAUCCUGGUUGGAGUAUUAAUUGGAGGCCUAUACUAUGAUAUUGGAAACGACGGUGCCAAAGUUUUGAGUAAUUUAGGAUUUUUGUUUUUUAACAUGCUGUUCCUUAUGUACACGGCGAUGACGAUUACAAUUUUAUCGUUUCCUUUAGAAAUGCCGGUUUUGCUAAAGGAAAACUUCAAUAGAUGGUACUCGUUACGAAGUUAUUAUUUAGCAAUUACUAUGUCGGACUUGCCAUUUCAGACGAUUUUCUGUAUCUUCUAUGUUGCAAUAGUUUACUUCAUGACUGGUCAACCAAUGGAAUUUCAGAGAUUUGGAAUGUUCUUAUUGGCAUGUUUAUUGGUUGCUUUUGUUGCUCAAAGUGUAGGUUUGGUAGUAGGUGCUGCAAUGAACGUUCAGAAUGGAGUGUUUCUGGCGCCUGUGAUGUCCGUACCUUUCUUAUUGUUCUCCGGUUUCUUCGUAUCGUUUGAUGCUAUUCCAAUAUAUUUAAGGUGGAUUACUUAUUUAUCAUACAUUCGAUAUGGUUUUGAAGGAACCGCGCUGGCGACAUAUUCAUUUGAUAGACCAAAACUGAAGUGUUCCAUUAGUCAUUGCCAUUUCAAAAUACCAACAACUACUUUAGAAGAAUUAGACAUGAUCCAUUCCGAUUACAGAAUAGAUAUUGCAGCUCUUUUAGUAAUCUUCUUCGUACUGCGAAUUGCAGCGUUCCUGUUCCUUCGAUGGAAAUUAAAAAGCAAUCGGUAGAACAGUCUAAGUGUGAUAUAAGAUUUGUGAAAAUUGUUAUAAUUAAUUUUAAGUUCAUUAAAUAAUGAUAUAUUAGGAUAUUAAAGUGAUAAUUUUAUACUAAUUGUAUACAACAAGUUGAACCAACAUUACGUUUAUGUACCUUGAAUUUUUAAUCUUGAAUUAUAGGCAGAUUCCUCACUCCCCAAUUUAGCAUAUCUGCGUAUAGUAGGCUGUGAUUACUGAUGCAAUUAGUAAUUAAAUGCAAACUAGAAUGUUCCAUUUUAUAUGUGUCCCGUAAUUUAAGAUUUUACUUGCCUUAUUCAUGGUGAAUUGUUAUGACACUCGUGUAUUUGUAGGUAUAUAUUUUAUAUGUACAAAUGGGAAAUACAAAUAAAUGUUUUUUUU